AUCAUCUCAUCAAAUUAAAUAAAGUUAACCCUAAUUUUAUGUGCUGGGCGUUCAAUCGCCGAUUCUUUGUCAACCGGAUCGGCUUUUCGGAGCUCAGAGUUGCCGUACAGGUGGCCGAUGGCGGCGGCGGCGGCGGAGGACAGGAACGGUGGCGAUCUUAGUGAGGCUAGCGAUUACACAUCCGAGGACGAGGGGACUGAGGACUACAGACGCGGAGGCUACCAUGCGGUCCGCGUAGGAGACGCGUUCAAGCACGGACGUUACGUUGUUCAGAGCAAGCUCGGCUGGGGACAUUUCUCCACUGUCUGGCUCGCCUGGGACACCCAGAAAUCUAGAUAUGUAGCUUUAAAAGUUCAAAAGAGUGAUCAGGAUUAUACUGAAGCGGCAAUGGAUGAAAUUACAAUACUAAAGCAGAUUGCCGAGGGAGAUCCAGAUGACAAGAAGUGUGUCGUGAAGUUGUUGGAUCACUUUAAGCAUUCAGGACCAAAUGGGCAGCAUGUUUGCAUGGUAUUUGAGUGCUUGGGGGACAAUCUUCUGACUCUUAUUAAGUAUUCAGACUAUCGAGGAGUUCCGCUUCACAAGGUUAAAGAAAUUUGCUUCCACAUUUUAGUAGGUCUCGAUUAUCUACAUCGCCAACUCUCGAUCAUACAUACAGACUUGAAGCUAGAAAAUAUCUUGCUUUUAUCGAUGAUUGAUCCAUCCAAAGAUCCAAGGAAGUCUGGUGCAUCUCUCAUCCUCCCAAAUGAUAAAAGUAAGAGUGUCUCAGAGACAGGGCCUUCAAAGGAUGCCAAGAGUUCAAACCGUGAUCUGUCCAAGAGCCAAGAGAAGAAAAUACAGAGAAAAGCUAAACAGGCAGCUCAAAAAUGUUUUGGUAAAGAUGCUACUGAGGAAGCUGAGCUGGAUACCGAAGCUAGUACUCCUGACAAUUCUCGUCACAAUGAAAAACGAGAUCAAGGAUCCACUGACAGAGAAAGUGAUACUAAAUUCCAGAAAGAUGCAUCAAUUAAAACAGAUGGAGUCUCAAAUGGGAACCAAGGAAGUCAAAGUAAUAAGAGAGGCAACCGCUCGACAAGGCAGAAGCUAUUGGCUGAAGCUGAGCUCAAGUGCAAACUGGUUGAUUUUGGCAAUGCAUGUUGGACUUAUAAACAGUUUACAAGUGAUAUUCAGACUAGACAAUACAGAUCCCCAGAGGUUCUCCUCGGCUCUAAAUAUUCAACUCCAGUGGAUCUCUGGUCCUUUGGUUGCAUUUGCUUUGAGCUUGCAACAGGAGAUGUUCUUUUUGACCCUCAUAGUGGUGACAAUUACAACAGGGAUGAGGAUCACUUGGCAUUAAUGAUGGAGGUCCUUGGAACAAUGCCGCGUAAGAUUGCAUUGGGUGGACGAUAUUCAAGGGAUUUCUUCAACAGGUAUGGAGACUUGAGGCAUAUAAGACGGCUGCGAUUCUGGCCUCUUAAUAAAGUGCUUAUGGAGAAAUACGAGUUCAGCGAGCAAGAUGCAAAUGACAUGGCGGAUUUUCUUGUUCCCAUACUUGAUUAUGUGCCUGACAAAAGACCUACUGCAGCACAGUGUCUGAAUCAUCCUUGGAUAACUGGAGGCCCUCGGCAUCUUGUGCCACCUCAUGGUCAUCUCCUACAAGCAAUGGAAAAUGGUAAUGUAGAAAAGGUGGAGAAGGAUGGUAGGGAUGCAGUGGAAGCGGGAAUGGGGAAUAUAUCCAUUGAUGGAGCUCCAAAGCCAGUCAAAGCUUCCCAAUUGACAGUAAACCGACCUAAACAAACUUUGUAACUUAGCCAAUUAUGUGCUUUUCCCUUCUUUCUUCAUUUACCUUCUUUGGCCCCUUAAAAGCUCUUGGUUGUUUGUUUUGUUUGCUCCACCUGAGAAAUGUAUGUUAGCGCAAUACCACUAUCAUUCUUUUGUGAUGCUCAUUUGUGUGACCGAAAUGUGAAAUAUCAAUUAUUAUUAUUUUUUUUUUCAAAAAA